AUGGACCCAGACCCCCAGGCAGGCGUGCAGGUGGGCAUGCGUGUGGUGCGCGGCGUGGACUGGAAGUGGGGCCAGCAGGAUGGCGGCGAGGGCGGCGUGGGCACUGUGGUGGAGCUUGGCCGCCACGGAAGCCCCUCGACCCCUGACCGCACGGUAGUCGUGCAGUGGGACCACGGCACCCGCACCAACUACCGCGCAGGCUACCAGGGCGCGCACGACCUGCUGCUCUACGACAACGCCCAGAUCGGCGUCCGCCACCCCAACAUUGUCUGUGACUGCUGCAAGAAGCAUGGCCUGCGGGGUAUGCGCUGGAAGUGCCGCGUCUGCUUCGACUACGACCUGUGCACGCAGUGCUACAUGCACGGCAAGCACGACCUCACCCACGCCUUCGAGCGCUACGAGACGGCCCACUCGCGCCCGGUCACGCUGAGUCCCCGCCAGGGCCUCCCCAGGAUCCCGCUGAGGGGCAUCUUCCAGGGGGCGAAGGUGGUACGGGGUCCUGACUGGGAGUGGGGCUCGCAGGACGGCGGGGAAGGGAAGCCAGGCCGAGUGGUGGACAUCCGUGGCUGGGAUGUGGAGACAGGCCGGAGCGUGGCCAGUGUGACGUGGGCAGAUGGCACCACCAAUGUGUACCGAGUGGGCCACAAGGGCAAGGUGGACCUCAAGUGUGUAGGCGAGGCGGCCGGUGGCUUCUACUACAAGGAGCACCUGCCAAGGCUCGGCAAGCCGGCAGAGCUGCAGCGCAGGGUGAGUGCUGAUGGCCAGCCUUUCCAGCACGGGGACAAGGUUAAGUGUCUGCUGGACACAGACAUCCUGAGGGAGAUGCAGGAAGGCCACGGCGGGUGGAACCCCAGGAUGGCGGAGUUUAUCGGACAGACGGGCACCGUGCACCGCAUCACGGAGCGUGGGGAUGUGCGCGUGCAGUUCGGCCAUGAGACCCGCUGGACCUUCCACCCUGGGGCUCUCACCAAGCACAACGCCUUCUGGGUGGGUGACGUGGUGCGGGUCAUUGAUGACCUUGACACGGUGAAGCGGCUACAAGCUGGGCACGGCGAGUGGACAGAUGACAUGGCCCCUGCCCUGGGCCGCGUCGGGAAGGUGAUAAAAGUUUUCAGAGACGGUAACCUGCGUGUGGCAGUCGGCGGUCAGCUGUGGACCUUCAGCCCCUCCUGCCUGGUGGCCUACCGCCCCGAGGAAGAUGCCAACCUGGACGUCGCAGAGCGUGCCAGGGAGAACAAAAGCUCCCUGAGUGUUGCCCUGGACAAGCUUCGAGCCCAGAAGAGCGACCUUGAGCAUCCAGGGAGACUGGUGGUGGAGGUGGCCCUAGGCAGUAUGGCCGGGGCUCUGGACCUGCUGAGGAGGCACCCAGAGCAGGUGGACGCCAAGAACCAGGGCAGGACCGCCCUGCAGGUGGCUGCCUACCUGGGCCAGGUGGAGCUGGUGCGGCUGCUGCUGCAGGCACGGGCGGGCGCAGACCUGCCAGACGAUGAGGGCAACACGGCGCUGCACUACGCGGCCCUGGGGAACCAGCCCGAGGCUGCCCGGGUGCUCCUGAGCUCCGGGUGCGGGGCCAAUGCCCUUAACGGCACCCGGAGCGCAGCGCUGCAUGUGGCCGUGCGGAGGGGCUUUCUGGAGGUGGUGAGGGUCCUGUGUGAGCGCGGCUGUGACGUCAAUCUGCCUGACGCCCAUGCGGACACACCCCUGCACUGUGCCAUCUCGGCGGGCGCCGGCGCCAGCGGCAUCGUGGAGGUCCUCACUGAGGUGCCGGGCAUCGACGUCACUGCCACCAACAGCCAGGGCUUCACCCUGCUGCACCACGCGGCCCUCAAGGGCCACACACUAGCUGUCAGGAAGAUCCUAGCUCGGGCACGUCAGCUGGUGGAUGCCAAGAAAGAGGACGGCUUCACGGCCUUGCACCUGGCCGCCCUCAACAACCACCGGGAGGUGAUCCAGAUUCUCAUCCGAGAGGGCCGCUGUGACGUGAACGUCCGCAACCGGCAGCUCCAGUCCGCACUGCACCUGGCGGUGCAGCAGGCCCACGUGGGCCUCGUGCCGCUGCUGGUGGACGCUGGCUGCAGCGUCAAUGCCGAGGAUGAGGAGGGGGACACGGCCUUGCACGUGGCACUGCAGCGUCACCAGCUGCUGCCCCUGGCGGCCGAUGGGGCCGGGGGGGACCCGGGGCCCUUGCAGCUGCUGUCCAGGGUGAGGAAGUGUGGCCUCCCAGGCAGGCAGGAGGCUGAGGCAGUGGACGUCGCGUGCUUCCUGGCGCUGGAGGGCGCCGAGACCGCCAACAGCCACCGCGGCCGGAGCCCCCUGGACUUGGCCGCCGAGGGCCGCGUGCUCAGGCCACUGCAGGCCUACGCGCAGCCCUUCAGUGAGCGGGCGGGUGGGGGGACGGGUCCCGGCGCCCCCUCCCCGCAACGCCUCCCUCCCCACGCCUGCCAGGGGUCCCUCGACCCCCUCCUCGACCGCGGUGGCACGCCGGGCGGCAGCGGGGCGCGGCCGCGGGAGCCCCAGCACCGCACGGUGUGCGAAAUUGAUUCUGGGGGAGGAGCGCCAGAGCAAGACCCGCCAAACAGCCGCCGCCAGCCAGCGCGCUCCCCACAGAGUGUGCCUGGGAUGAAGAAGUGCAUCAGGUGCCAGGUGUCAGCGAAGCUGCGCCAAGACAGCGCAGAGUGUGCGGCGCGCCCCUGCGCCAGCCCGCGGCGCAGCUGGUGGGAGCUCAGAGCACUUCACCGGCGGAUGGAAGAACGCAUCGGCCCCAUCUGCAUCGACAGCCGCAUCGCCUCGUCGUUCCAGUGCGGCCACGGGUGCCGCGCCUGCGGCGCCGCAUAA